UACUGUUGUUAUGGCUCGCUGUCAUUUCACUGUUUCCCAUUCACAAAAUCCGUACUAAGAAGGUAACAGACGAAUGCAAAUGCUGCUUAAUUCAAAUGCGCAUCAUUGUGAGUCUUAAUACCAGCCAACCCUGCGUCUGCAAUUAGCACUUUUGACGGUAACGACAAACAGACUGCCAUAUUUGUUGUUGUGGAGUUGUUACUGCGAGGCGAGCUAACGAUACAGCGGCUUCAAAGCAGCAUUACAGGAAAACUUACGGUUACCUCGGAUCGCUUUGGAAGCAGGAAUCAUGUCCAAGCGAGAGGCAUUUUUAGAAGCAUCCUGUAAAGAAAAUGUGGAGGACUUUCUUCGCUUUAUUCGGCUUCACAAGGACAAAGCCGAGCCCUUCGAUGUGGAGGAGGUGUUGCAGGAGAUGCCCAGAGAGCAGAGAGAGGCCCUGUGGAGGAGACUGGCAUCUCUGCUUCAGGACGUCCUGCUGGAGUUUCCCACAGAGCGCUGGGAGGGCAGGGGGGAGGAGGAGGGCAUGCAGGAGGAGCCCACUGCAGACUCUAAACACGCUGUGGCUGUUGUGGACGGCGUUACGCUCGUCUCUACAGUGUCUCUGCAGGUUUUACAAGACGAUGACCCCUAUAGCCCCCUUCUGGAAGUUACCCGACGUCUUCACGAUGUACUGGUGUCGCUUCCUGUCUCAGAGGCACCUCUGCAGAACCACAUCCACGCGCUGUGUGAGGCCUGGUGGAAGAAAGGGCUGCAGGAGAAAGAACGGUUUGGGCGCACUGCUUUCUUUGUGUCUCUUCAGAAGAGCUUCAUUCUCAAGAAACCAGGAGCUGAGAUCCAGAGAGUGUGGAGGCUCCAUGACGUGCUUUUGAGUCUUGACUACACAUCAGAAGAAAACAAGCAGAUAAUCGACUUGUUGCUUCAGUGCUUUCACCGCCCUGCUCACAUUAGAAACGAUGAUGGAAAGCGAUUCCUGGUGUUUCUUUUCAGCUGGAACGUCAACUUCAUCUGGGUUAUUCACGGCACAAUCAAAAACCAGCUGGAGUUUUACAGCAAGCCCAUGACUACUCAUAUUGCAGAGAUCUACUUCAGAGCAUGGAAGAAGGCUAGUGGGGAGUUCUUGGAGAAGAUCGAGAGCUUAUGCAUUCAGGAUUUUAUGCAGAACGCAAUCUUCCUUCAUAGAGCUUCUCCUGUGCAUUCCAAAGUCCGACAGAUUGUGAGCUAUUUCCAUAUGAGGAAGGACUGCCGCAACGUGGACAAGAUGCUCUAUAAUCUCUACAGGCCCAUUCUUUGGAAAGCUCUCAGUGCUCCUAACUUUGAAGUGCGUGCAAAUUCCACUUUGCUUUUCACUGAGGCCUUCCCAUUUUACGACCCGAGUGAAAGGAACGAGAAGAUAGACGAGAACAUUCAAAAGCAACUGGACACAGCAAUGAACCUCCUUGAUGAUCCUCACCCGACAGUGCGCUCCAACGCCACCCUGGGUGUCUGCAAGAUCCUGGCUAAAUGCUGGGAGCUCCUCCCACCUACAAUCAUCACAGACUUCGUGAAGAAGCUGGUGGCGGAGCUGGCGGCUGACAGUAGCUCCCCUGAUGUCCGCUGCUCAGUGUUCAAGUGUCUGACUAUUGUCCUGGACAACGCUCUCAGCCAUCCACUUUUGGAGAAACUUUUACCUACUCUCAAAUACAGCCUUCAUGAUAACUCAGAGAAAGUCCGGAUAGCUUUCCUCGACAUGCUUAUGAAGGUCAAAGCAGUGCGUGCUGCUAAGUUCUGGGACGUGUGCAACAUGGACCACCUGCUGGCCCGCCUUGCCAUUGACUCACACUCGGUUUCCAAGCGUAUCGUCGACUUGCUGUUCAAGUCGUUCUUCCCGGUCAACGAGUCGGAGAAGGAGUGGUGUAACCGCUGCAUCACCCUCAUCCAGAUGAACCCCAUGGCUGCCAGGAAAUUCUACCAGUUUGCUUAUAGACACACAGCACCCACUAACAUAAUAAAGCUGAUGUUGGCCAUUCGUCGCGUCCUGAACAGCUGCAUCCAGGUUGACUGUGACAUGACUGACAUCAAUGACAGCAACAAAGAGAACAGCGCACAGGCGGCACCUGCCUUGUUGGGGAAAGACAUGACCAUCGUGUCCAGUUUGCUGGAGGUCGUGGUCAUCCUGUGGAGAAGUAUCUCGAAAGCCCUGAAACAAAAUGAAGAGGCCCAGAAGUAUACGUGUGCCAAGUUUGGGUCUGUCAUGUCCAAGUAUUUCCAGGCCUUUGAGGAUGAGCGAGCUACUGUUCCUCUCAUACAGCUGGCCUCGUUUAUGCCCCCGACCGCAGUGCCAAUGUUCAGCUGUGGAGUCAUGUCCAGACUAAGGAGGAUGGACUCGGGAGCUGCUCCAGCACAGUACAGCCAGCUGCUUGAGUGCAUCUGUAGCUGGGGCCAGGCUGCUAACAUCCUCGAGCUCAUCACUGACUGGCUCACAGAGUCCCUGCCCAAGAAGGACAAGGCGACCAGUGGUCGAAAGGUGUGCAUCAUGGAGACGGUGGAGGCCAAACCCAACCUGGCGCUGGCUUACCUGGAGCACCUUUUCAGCCACACUUCAACACGUGAGAAGGUCCUGGCUCUCGGUCCGAAACCACUGAAGCAGCUGCAUACAGUUCUGGGGAACUGGAAGUUGGUGCUCUACAGUCAUCUCAGCUCCACCACAGAAGACCCUAAACAUGCCAGCGUGGAGACGGCACUGAACGCCUUUAAGCACCACGGCCGCCUCGGCGCACAUCUGCAACAUAACCUGUCAGAUGGCCGUGACUACCUGCUCUCUCUGGAGCAUGUGGCUGCAUGGGUAGCCGACAGGGUGCUGCCCUUUCUAGCGAAACAUAGCGAUGAUGACAGCGAGGACUCUCAGCCACAGCCGCUGGCUGCAGAGAUAACCGAGAGCUUCCUGACAGUAUGCCGUGACGUUUUGCUCGUGGGUUUGGGCGAUGAGACAUUCAAGGGUCAAAUCCUACACCUGUGCUCACUCAUCCUCCUCUCAGAGGCGGGCUAUCUGUGCAUCCCUGCAGUGUUUCCAAUUUUGAAGGAGGUGGCAAACAGCUAUGCACCUGAGGACAGCAAGGAGCCUGAAGAGAAUCAGGAGGAUCCAACCACUGUUAUUUUAGGUGUGGUGUCUAACAUUUUCCAGAAGAUUAUAGAGCUCUUGGCCCGUCGCCUUAGGAAGGAUCCAGAGGAAGGAAAGCAGCUCUGUCAGUCAGCUGUUCCCGGUCUGACGGACUUCCUUCAGGUGGCCCAACUCUGGGACCGAGCACCUCUCAGCGGGGUCUUCUCUACUUUAUUUGCUGUUAUCGUCGUGGAGAAGAGACAUUUGCUUCAGAAGAUUGAGCAUCCUGAGGCGGUGAUCAUCCCAGAGUCAGUGGACGACAUGCCUCCUUUGUCCAGGAUCUUGUUGUCUGUCCUCCUCAAGUCACAGCCUGUUACCAGAGCAUUUCUGGCAGAGGUCUGCACAUCUUUGGAUUCCGAGGCUAUCGGCAAUCUCGUUGAACUCGCAGCCGUCCUGCACGUCUUGGCGGUCAUCAAACACGCCGGACAGUCUAAAGCGGGCUUGAAGAGCGCAGCUGUGUCCGUCCAGCAGCAGCUUUACAAACAUGCAGUCACCUUUGCAGACAGCACAGACGUCCAGAGGGUUAUUUAUGAAUCUUCUGUGACGACUUUGAAUGAGAUUCUGCAUUUAUGAGUUCCAACUUUAAAAGACAAAAGUUUCUAUGUGAUGUAUUUUCUGCUUUAUUUUGUUUUGUUUGGUCUGCUUUCCUGAAGGUCGAUCUUCCCCAGCCACCUUUGUUUUAAGGUUUGGAUUAAUACCAGGAAUACAAAGUUUUCCAAGGCUCGCUAAACUCCUGCAUUGUAUUUAUUUCUUGAUGGCAUUCAUUACUCAAUUCGUGUCUCAAACUUUCUAUAUUUAUGUUAACAAAUACAGAUUGAGAGCUUGACUUAAGAAAUAU